CAAACUUGAACCCAGUUCUCCAGACUCCCAGUAUAGGUCGCAGUGGUAACAAUUCAUCAAACAUUCUGAACAGCUGCUGUAUGUAUACCAGAUGCUAGCUAGGCUGGUGUUGGUAAAGCAAAGAGGAGGUGGCCAAGUUGGAGAAGCACUUGAUGCUUCUCCGACAGGAGUAUGUCAAGCUGCAGAAGAAAUUGGCAGAGACAGAGAAGAAAUGCACUCUUUUAGCCGCACAAGCAAACAAGGAAAACAGCAGUGAGUCCUUCAUCAGCCGCCUGCUGACGAUCGUGGCUGACCUCUAUGAGCAGGAGCAGUAUAGUGAUCUGAAGAUAAAGGUUGGGGGCAAGCACAUCAAUGCUCACAAGUUUGUCCUGGCGGCUCGCAGUGACAGCUGGAGUCUGGCCAAUUUAUCUUCCACCAAGGAGCUGGACCUGUCAGAUGCUAACCCUGAGGUGACAAUGACAAUGCUUCGCUGGAUCUAUACGGAUGAGUUGGAGUUCAGAGAAGAUGAUGUGUUCCUGACCGAGUUGAUGAAACUAGCUAAUCGGUUUCAGCUACAGCUCCUUAGGGAGAGAUGUGAGAAGGGUGUUAUGUCUCUGGUGAAUGUCAGGAACUGUAUUCGCUUCUAUCAGACUGCAGAGGAACUAAAUGCCAGCACACUGAUGAACUACUGUGCAGAAAUUAUUGCAAGUCAUUGGGAUGACUUACGAAAAGAGGACUUCAGCAGCAUGAGUGCUCAGUUGUUAUACAAAAUGAUCAAAUCCAAGACUGAGUACCCUUUACAUAAAGCCAUCAAAGUGGAGAGAGAAGACGUGGUCUUUCUUUAUCUAAUUGAAAUGGAUUCACAGCUCCCUGGGAAGCUGAAUGAAUUGGAUCAUAAUGGAGAUCUUGCUUUAGACCUAGCUCUUUCCCGACGACUAGAGAGUAUUGCCACAACGCUGGUUAGUCACAAAGCUGAUGUGGACAUGGUAGACAAGAAUGGCUGGAGCUUGUUACAUAAAGGAAUCCAAAGAGGGGAUCUCUUUGCUUCCACUUUCCUCAUUAAGAAUGGGGCUCACGUCAAUGCUGCUACCUUGAGUGCCCAGGAGACACCAUUGCACCUGGUAGCAUUGUACAGUUCAAAGAAACACCCAGCAGAUGUGAUGUCUGCGAUGGCACAGAUUGCAGAGGCCCUCCUGCAGGCUGGUGCCAACCCCAACAUGCAGGACAGCAAGGGCAGGACUCCCUUGCACUUGUCCAUCAUGGCCAGGAAUGAAUACGUGUUCAAUCAGUUGCUGCAGUGUAAACAAUUAGAUUUGGAACUGAAAGACCACGAGGGCAGCACAGCUCUGUGGCUUGCGGUGCAGUAUAUCACUGUGUCAUCCGACCAGUCUGUAAACCCCUUCGAAGACCUUCCUGUGGUUAAUGGGACUUCGUUUGAUGAAAACAGCUUUGCGGCCAGACUUAUUCAGCGUGGCAGCAACACCAAUGCACCCGAUAUGGUCACAGGAAAUUGCUUACUGCAACGGGCAGCUGAAGCAGGAAAUGAGGCAGCAGCUCUUUUCCUGGCAACCAGUGGUGCCUAUGUCAACCACAGAAAUAAGUGGGGAGAAACCCCAUUGCACACAGCCUGUCGACAUGGCCUGGCCAACCUCACUGCAGAGCUCCUGCAGCAAGGUGCCAACCCGAACCUGCAGACUGAGGACGCUCUGCCUUUGCCGAAGGAGGCUGCAUCCCUGCCCAGCUCCAUGGGCAGUGUGUAUCUGCAGACACCGCUGCACAUGGCCAUUGCCUAUAAUCAUCCAGACGUGGUGUCUGUCAUCCUGGAGCAGAAAGCCAAUGCUCUUCAUGCCACCAACAACUUGCAAAUCAUUCCGGACUUCAGCCUCAAGGAUUCUCGAGACCAGACUGUGCUGGGCCUGGCAUUAUGGACAGGCAUGCACACGAUUGCAGCCCAGUUGCUGGGCUCCGGGGCGUGCAUUAACGACACCAUGUCCGACGGGCAGACGUUGCUGCACAUGGCCAUGCAGCGGCAGGAUAGCAAGAGUGCACUCUUUCUCCUGGAGCACCAGGCGGAUAUAAAUGUCAGGACUCAGGAUGGGGAGACAGCCCUUCAGCUUGCCAUCAAAAAUCAGCUUCCGCUUGUAGUGGAUGCCAUAUGCACUCGAGGAGCGGACAUGUCUGUGCCAGAUGAGAAGGGGAGCCCUCCACUCUGGCUCGCUUUGGCAAAUAGUCUGGAGGACAUCGCGUCGACUCUGGUCAGACAUGGUUGUGAUGCCACAUGCUGGGGUCCAGGACCUAGCGGGUGUCUUCAGACCCUCCUGCACAGAGCCAUUGAUGAAAACAAUGAGUCCAUCGCCUGCUUUCUUAUUCGCAGUGGCUGCGAUGUGAAUAGUCCCAGACAGCCUGGUGCUAAUGGAGAAGGAGAAGAAGAGGCCAGAGAUGGGCAGACCCCCUUGCACUUGGCAGCCUCCUGGGGCCUGGAAGAGACGGUGCAGUGUCUUCUGGAGUUUGGUGCCAAUGUAAAUGCACAGGAUGCAGAAGGAAGAACGCCUGUCCACGUGGCCAUCAGCAACCAACACAGUGUCAUCAUUCAGUUGUUGAUUUCUCACCCUGAUAUCCACUUGAAUGUACGAGACAGACAAGGGCUGACCCCUUUUGCCUGUGCAAUGACCUACAAGAACAACAAGGCAGCCGAGGCCAUCCUGAAACGAGAGUCUGGGGCUGCAGAGCAAGUGGAUAACAAGGGCCGGAAUUUUCUUCACGUGGCAGUUCAGAACUCUGAUAUUGAAAGUGUCCUGUUCCUGAUCAGCGUCCAGGCUAAUGUGAAUUCCAGAGUCCAGGAUGCUUCCAAGUUGACCCCUUUGCACCUUGCCGUCCAAGCAGGCUCAGAGAUUAUUGUCCGCAAUUUGCUUCUUGCAGGAGCCAAGGUGAAUGAAUUAACCAAGCAUCGCCAGACCGCCCUCCAUCUUGCUGCCCAGCAGGACCUGCCCACCAUCUGCUCGGUCCUCUUGGAGAAUGGAGUGGACUUUGCUGCUGUGGAUGAGAAUGGAAAUAAUGCUCUUCAUCUUGCUGUCAUGCACGGUCGGCUCAACAACAUCCGGGUCCUCCUGACAGAGUGCAACGUGGACGCCGAAGCCUUUAACCUAAGAGGCCAGUCGCCACUGCACAUUUUGGGACAAUAUGGCAAAGAGAAUGCAGCAGCCAUCUUUGAUCUCUUCUUAGAGUGCAUGCCUGAGUAUCCUCUAGAUAAACCAGAUGCAGAAGGAAACACAGUGCUGCUCUUAGCAUACAUGAAGGGGAAUGCCAACUUGUGUCGUGCCAUUGUCCGAUCUGGGGCUCGCCUCGGGGUGAAUAAUAACCAAGGAGUCAACAUCUUCAACUACCAGGUUGCCACCAAGCAGCUUCUCUUUAGACUGUUAGAUAUGCUGUCCAAGGAGCCUCCGUGGUGUGACGGCUCCAACUGCUACGAGUGCAUGGCCAAGUUUGGAGUCACAACUCGCAAGCAUCACUGUCGUCACUGCGGACGUCUUCUUUGCCAUAAAUGUUCGACCAAGGAGAUUCCCAUUAUAAAGUUUGAUCUGAACAAGCCUGUGCGAGUCUGCAACAUUUGCUUUGAUGUGCUGACUUUGGGCGGGGUCUCUUAGUGAGCCCCUAGGAGGGUCCAGGCCACCUCCCCAGUCGGCUCCCCUGCAGCUGCUCUGCUCACCAGCCUGACCCCACCCAGAGCAGGAGCUGGCAAUCGUCUUCCUGCGGCAAUAGACUGGAACAGACAAUUAAGGACCAUGGUGUGAUAGAUCCCGUUUCAGGUGACUCUGUGAUUGUCAUGUGUCAGACUGUGACUGAAUUCACUAGGUGUCUCACUCAUUGGACCAGACCAUUAGCCUAAGUGGUACAUGUGAUAGGAAUUAGACCCCAUUCUGCUACAACAUAUAAGAACACUUCUAAAGCCAUUUUCCCUCCCAGUAGCCUAGUGUCCAUCUCAGAGCGUUCGUGAAGCCUCCCUGCCUGGGCAGACUUACUGAAGUAGGGAGCUGGUGUCUAGCUGCUCUGAGGGCUGGCUUUGCUCCAGGGGAAGUGGCUUUGGACUUUACUGCAGUUUUUUCAUAAAGAUCAUAGGAUCCUCUUACCUUGAAGAAUUUUUUUUUUUAAGCUAAGCUGUAUUUAUAUUGAGCUACCCCUUUAAAAAAGGUGAAAUCUUUCUAAACAGGGUUCAAAGAUGAGAGCUGAAAAAUUGUGGCCUUAACAACUGAAAGCUUUACCAGUAUUCAUGCUACUUGGGUGUCAGCAGUGCAGUUUGGCAGCUGGACACCUCCUGGCAGCCGUCUCCUCUCACCUUGCUGUGACCUGUCUUUGGAGUCCUCAGUCACUCUGCCACCAGGGAGUGGUGGAGGAAAUGCACUUUUAUUGUGCUGCACUUUUUAUAUAGCUGCAUUAUUGGUGAUUGCAAUGUAAAAACCCAUAUUCAAAAAUACGUCCAUGCAUCAGUGAUUCUAAUGAUCAGCUCUGACUGGACCUCAGUUCACACUAAGUCUUAAAGGAGAAACUUUUGCAGAGAAUCAUUUGGAGCAAGAGUCAUAUGGGCCAAGGGAUGAGAAGUGGGGUCUCCAGCUUCAGGUGGGAGGUCCCAUCUCCUUGACACGAGUGCUUCUUGCUGAAACCUUCCCUAGUUAUGCUGUGAAUGCUGUUGGUCCCAGCUCCCAGUUCUGUGUAGCUUGCUCUGCCCCAGAAGAGCCAACAGCUGAAGGCCCUGGCCAAACAUGUGUGACCUGGUUUUGGAAGGCUCUGGCUUGGAUGCUGAAUGAGGCCCCAGACCUUAUUGAGCCUUUGUCGCUGCUAGUACACAUGUUAACCCUGAGGUGUUACACUUCUUUUUAAGGUUUGGCCAGUUUUUUUAACAGUGCACAUUUAAAGAGAAACUUACCACUGCUUUAAAAAACAAAAAAACUCUGAGAUGAACGAUAUAUGUUGUACAGUGAUACUCAGAGAUUAACAAUCUCAAAUCAUACAUACUGAUUUUUUUCAUUUAAUAGCCACUACAUGUUUUCUGCAUUAAUGAAGUAUGGAUAUAUGUUUAAAAGGGACUAAAUAUUUUUUGCAACAGCCUGCUUUUUUAUUUGUUUGUGUUUGGAUAGUGGUUAUGUCCUCGAUGUUGCUGUAGAUUUUUUCAUUCUGUUGCCUAAAUAUGUGUGUAAAAUGAGCUGAUAAACCGGAGUGCUACUUUUUUUUACUAUUUCUGUGAUUUAUACAAUAUAUAUGCUUUCUAUGUUAAUAUGAGCUUGUGCACAAUGUUUAAAAGAAAAAUUAGAAGAGUUGGGGAACUAAAAGUCUGUGACAUAUUUCAUAUAGAAUUUUUAUAGAAAAACUAGUCUUGUCAAACAUUGACCAUGUGAGGCAUGUGGUCAGUUUCCAUUUUCUGUGGCCCGAAAGGCCCUCAAGGAAAGUAGGGCCUGGUUGAUUGAUUUUUUUUUUUUUUUAAUUAUAAAGUAAGAUAGCUAUGAUUCAGAUAUGGAUUGAGGUGGUUGGUACUUUUAUACUUGUUCUUUUAACAUUCGUGGUGGAGAGAGGAGGAUGGGAAUUCAAUCAGGGAUGAGGCUGCCCUACCAUACCAAUUUCAAUAACAAUCUUGCCUCUAAUUGCACUUAAAAUCAUGUUUAAAAUACGUUGAGUCUAGUAAUAGCGAUGGUACUGGGCAGCUGUGGAUUAGGGGAACAUUGGUGAGUUUCGCACUAGUGGUCUUGUAGACCUAGGAAAAACACCUUUCCACAGUCUUAGGAAAUCUCCCUGACCAUGCUGAUGCUCACUGGGCUUCACUCUACAGGUCCCUUGAGUGGUGGCUGCCCUGGUGGGCUCGUCCCAUACACUGCCCGGCUGGGACUUGACACCUCUUAGUCCCCUUUGUGCUCUCCAAGAUGACAAGACUUGACUACAGAACUCUCUAGCUGUUCCUGUUAAGUUUUAAUUUAUAACUUAAAUACUUGGAGCAAAAACUCAAUUUUAUUCAUUCAGAAAGUUGCCCAUUGUGAAUGAGUAGAACAGGAAGAAUAAACUUCAUUGAAAUAUAAUUUGCUGCAUCAAUCAACAUUGUUUUGCGGAAUUAGCUUUUUAGCUGCCUCUUGCUCAUCACCGGAUUUAUUAUACAGUGUAUUUUUAACAGUUUUUUUUUUAAGAUGAAGGUACAAACCAUGUGCUGUAUAUAAAUCCAAUGCCUAAACUAACUUGCUCUGAUCCUAUAACACAGAAAUUUCCCACAAACUUAAGUGCCUACACGUAGGACAUUUUUCCAGUUAUGUUUUUAGUGGUGUCUCACCAAAUGAUGUAUUAGAACAUGUGUUCAAUUUGGAGUUUGUUGCCUGUGCACUGUCAACCCCAAUGACCAGUUUAGUGGAGGCUGGAUUAGAUUGCCCAGUUCACCUGCCACUCUCUCUCCACGAGUGGGGUUCCUGUGACUGUUAGUCCUCUACCUCAGAGCCCUGAGUCAUUUCUGACCACCCUGUUCAGCGUCCUCACUCUUCUCCCUGAGUGGGGUCCCUGCAUGGAGCUCAGCGUGCGGUGGGAUCACCACCACUCCCAGUUCAUGUUCCCCACCUGUUGUAUUGAACGGUGUUGUGCAAAUCUUGUCUAUAGGCAUAUAGUGGAGGGAAAGUCUUAGGAGGGGAGAGCCUUGAUCUCCAUCUAGGUUUCUUUAAUCUGGAGAAAAAGAACACUGUUGAACUUCAGAAUGUUUAGCUAUGAAAGGCAAAAUAACUCCCCAGGGACCACCUGAGCAAGUGAAUAUAACUUCCACGAAUAGACCCACUUGGAGUUUCCAGGUUGAGGCUGUGAAGGAGCUCCUGCAACAAGCUUUGUUCUAGGCCCUGGGACUGCUUCCCUCAGGACAAGCCCCAGAAGCACUGGGCAUUGCAAGCCCAGCCCCUCCUAAUCCAAAGAAGCAAAGCUCCCCACUCCCAGCGGGGAGAGGAGGAAGCAGAGGGGACCCAACUUUCAAAAGAGGGUUGGAAGCCACAUUUCCAUUUUGUGGAAGUAAUUUAGUGAAGAGCUAAUUAUUUGACAAGAUAUUAGCUUAACACUUAUUCAAUUCCCAGAAGUUGUCAUAGAUGCCUUAAAGACUUUUUUUUUUUUUUUGGAAGAUCAUUGCCUGUGUUUCUUUUUUGUAUGGCAUAAAUAAUAUAUUAACCUGUUAAAAUUGACAACAUUGGUUUUCUGUAGCUAGGAAGUCUCAGGUUGGCAGACUGCUUGACUAUGGCUGUCCUUUUUUGGCAGAUGUGUGGAGUUGGCUGUUACCAAGGGAGAGGGCAGUAACUGGGCAGAAACUGCAGGAUCAUGUUUGGGUUGAUCACCUUGGCUUUCGAGCCGUUUGGGGUGGGACAAUGGCAUCAUGUAGGACCAUGGCACUUAUCAGCAUUGUUUCUUUGGAGUUCGUGUAAUGGAAUGUAUUUUUCAAAUAUUGAUAUUUGCAUUUUCUGUAACAAUUCCUUAUAAUAAAAUGAGGUAAAAUUGUGCAUUUAAAGUGGAAACUUUAAUAAGACAUUUGUAGUUACUUUUA